AGAUGACGGUCCGGCUCCGAUCUGGGCAAGCGCCCCUGACACAUCUCUCCCUUGAUCUGAUCGAUAUAUGGUCAAAUUUCAAAACGCACACAACAAAGCAAAGCAAGGUGCCACGUAGUUUGAUGCACUCGUCAGCUGUAUCUCCCUCAAGAUUAUUCGUUCUUGUCAGUAAACAAGUGACCAAAACUUCUUCUCAGGUCGCAAGUCGCAUCCAGCAAUGCUUAACAGCUUCACACGUCAAUCCUCAGAAAUUCUGCGGAUAUUUUGGCCUAGUGCUUUGAUCAUCAGCAUGUUAUUGAACAUUCUUACUAUGUUGCGCUUGCAACCUACGUCGGUUGAUGAUAGGCAGUACACUUAUAUUGGCGAGGAUCAUCCAACAGAAUUACCCCUCCGCCUGGACACUGUCGCAUUGACAUUCAACAGUUCGGAACAUUAUGGUAUAUCAGACGACAUGGCCUGGUCGGACUGGAAAUCGCUCGAUCAUUUUCCACAUGGUCACGGAUUUGUACGGUUGGGACCAAAUGGACGGUUAUUUGGGAUAUCCAUGUUUCACCAAAUUCACUGCCUGCAAAUAAUCCGGCUAGCCCUCAUCAAUGGGCCCAACGGGCACAGUGGUCGUUGCAUUAAUAUAUUGCGGCAAGCCAUUCUUUGCAAAUCUGAUAUUACUCUCGAUCGACUUAUCACCCGCCCUGAUGGAUCGAUGACAAGCACAGAUGGUUUGAAUGUGACACAUGUUUGUCGGGAUUGGUCGCAGGUUUAUGCAUAUAUCAUAGAAAAUCAGAAAGGUCCCAUGUGGGAAGGGUAAAAGAUGACAUUGCAGUAGGGGACCCCAGGUGUAGGAGUUGUGUGAACGAUUAAAUAGGUUAGUGGCGGGAUCACAUGCGGUGGACCAGGGGUCCCAAGGGCAGGAGCUACGCACCAAGUCUGAAACACGAGACAAGCAAAGAGUACUACACACAUGAAAUCGAAUUACAAAUCCGGCCGGAGGAUAAGCGUACGAAGACAGGGAAUUACUCCAGCGAGUCACAUAAUAACUGUGAGGGACAUUGCUCAGGCUGGAUGUAGUCUGGUGAUUGCUGACAAUAAAAUCAUAUUCCCUGUGCGAGCGAUUCAAGAUGUUAGUGACGAAAUCAUGUACAGACUC